AUGGCACGGAGCUAUGUUGGUGUGCAUGAGUGUGGCACAGAGCUGCGUCAGUGUGUACGAAAGCUGCUGGCUGAGUGCCAGGACCAGCAGUGGUGCCAGUUCUCGGUGCAUAGCCAAGUCUUCGGGCUGGAUCCGUGCCCUGGAACACACAAGUACCUCAUUGCUUCCUACAAGUGCCGGCCAGGGAACCAUCGAGUCAAGACUGUGUGUGAGAAUGACAAGCUGAGGCUGCAGUGCCGACCAAAAUCCAUCCUGGCCAUUUAUUCUGCAAAUUAUGGACGAUUCCUGCGGGGCAAACCAGAGUGUGAUGUCCUGAACACUGGGGGACCCCAUAUAGAGUGUUUGGCCCCGGAUGCCCUGCGGAGGGUCUCCAAGAAGUGCCACCGCAAGGGAAACUGCACCGUGGCUGCUGACCAGGCCACCUUUGGGGACCCAUGCCUCCCGGGCACAAAGAAACAGCUGCGAGUCUCCUAUACCUGCGUGCCCAAGCAGCUGCUGGAGGAGGUGGGCCCUGACACCUCAGACCCCUUCCUGCUCUCGGACUACAUGCACGGUGGUUGGUACAAAGGGCCCAGGUUCUCCAGGCUCCGGGAAGACCGGAUGAUUUUUACUAGCUCUCUGGCAGCUUUUGCCCACCUUUGGGGCGUCCCAGAGAAAGUUGGCCUCUACUUUCUUUGCGGGGUCUCAGGAGGCCUCAUGCUCCUGCUGUGCAUCAUCAGCCCCAAAACAACCUUCCUCCAGGAGGUGGGGGAGGCUCUCAAAGACCCAGAGCUGGGGAGCAGCUCGGAGCUGAGCAGGACCAAGCUGCGGGACGAGCAGGACGAAGACCUUCCCGAUGACAGCUCCUCGGACUCUUCCUUCCGCCGCCUCACCCGCACCUACCGAGCCACUGACAGCAUCUUCGGCCCUGAGCUGACAGCAGCCAUGGAGGGAGCAGUGGAGCACCAAGGCCGCAGCGGGGAGGAGAUCUGGAUGCCCAAGGAAUCAAGCCCAUAUGCCAUCCACAAGAUCAAAUCAGCCACCAAAUAA